CGACGUGAUCUCAAUGUAAAGACAAGUGUUGGAACGUGAGAGGAACAACGCAUAAAACGAUCUAACACGUUGAGAUUAGAGAUCGAGGCAAAGAGAUUCAACUCUGUCUGCACUUCUCUGAUCCAAAAUUCGAUCAAUUUCACUCCCAAUUCCGAUCAACAAUGGGUUCCGAUUCAUUCAGUGGUGAUGAAACCGCCCCUUUCUUUGGAUUUCUCGGCGCCGCUGCUGCCCUCGUCUUCUCCUGUAUGGGGGCUGCGUAUGGGACAGCGAAGAGUGGUGUAGGUGUGGCAUCGAUGGGAGUGAUGAGGCCUGAGCUGGUGAUGAAGUCCAUUGUUCCAGUUGUUAUGGCUGGUGUGCUCGGUAUCUAUGGUUUGAUUAUCGCUGUCAUUAUCAGUACCGGAAUCAACCCUAAGGCCAAGUCUUAUUAUCUUUUUGAUGGCUAUGCACACCUUUCCUCUGGUUUGGCUUGUGGUCUUGCUGGUCUUUCGGCCGGAAUGGCCAUUGGAAUUGUUGGUGAUGCCGGUGUUAGAGCAAAUGCACAGCAGCCAAAGCUUUUUGUGGGGAUGAUUCUUAUUCUGAUCUUUGCUGAAGCCCUGGCUUUAUAUGGAAUCAAGAACCACACGAUCGUUAGGGUACGUUUGGUACAAAGAAAUGGAAUUGCAACAGAGAAUGGAAAUGCAGAGAAAGAGAAUUAA